GGGCAGCUGGGACCCCGCCCCUCCGCGCUUGCAGGGGGAAGGGGAGGCGCAUGCGCACCCCGCGUUAGUGAUGGAGGAGAGAAGAUGGCGGAAGCGGAAUUUAAGGAUCACAGUGCGGCUAUGGAUAUCGAGCCAAGCUCUGGAACAUCUUCUGUGUCAACGACAGCCAGUAGCACCACCACCACCACCAUCACCACUUCCUCCUCUCGAAUGCAGCAACCACAGAUCUCUGUCUACAGCGGUUCAGACCGACAUGCUGUUCAGGUAAUUCAACAGGCAUUGCAUCGCCCCCCCAGCUCGGCUGCUCAGUACCUCCAGCAGAUGUACGCGGCUCAGCAACAGCACUUGAUGCUGCACACAGCUGCUCUUCAGCAGCAGCAUCUAAGCAGCUCCCAGCUCCAGAGCCUUGCUGCUGUUCAGGCAAGUUUGUCCAGUGGAAGACCAUCUACAUCCCCCACAGGAAGUGUCACACAACAGUCAAGUAUGUCCCAGACAUCUAUCAACCUCUCCACUUCUCCUACACCUGCUCAGUUGAUGAAUCGCUCCCAGGCUUCCAGUUCUACCAGCGGCAGUAUUACCCAACAGACGAUGUUACUAGGGAGUACCUCUCCUACAUUAACAGCCAGCCAAGCUCAAAUGUAUCUCCGAGCUCAGAUGCUGAUUUUCACACCCGCUACCACUGUGGCUGCUGUGCAGUCUGACAUUCCUGUUGUCUCGUCGUCACCGUCACCUUCCUGUCAGUCUGCAGCUGCUCAGGUUCAGAAUUUAACGUUACGCAGCCAGAAGUUGGGUGUCUUAUCUAGCUCACAGAAUGGCCCACCAAAAAGCGCUGGUCAAACUCAGUCAUUGACAAUUUGCCAUAAUAAAACAACAGUGACCAGUUCUAAAAUCAGCCAACGAGACCCUUCUCCAGAGAGCAAGAAGGGAGGAAGCCCAAGUCUGGAAUCUCGAAGCACAGCGGUCACUCGGACAUCAAGCAUUCACCAGUUAAUAGCACCAGCGUCAUAUUCUCCAAUUCAGCCUCAUUCUCUAAUCAAACAUCAGCAGAUUCCUCUUCAUUCACCACCUCCUAAGGUUUCCCAUCAUCAGCUGAUUUUACAACAGCAACAACAGCAAAUUCAGCCAAUCACCCUUCAGAGUCCAACUCAAGAUCCGCCCCCAUCCCAGCACUGUAUCCCACUUCCAAACCAUGGCCUUUCUCCGGCUCCCAGUAAUGCCCAGUCACAGCAUUGCUCACCAAUUCAGAGCCAUCCCCCUCCUUUAACUGUGUCUCCUAAUCAGGCACAAUCUGCACAGCAGUCUGUAGUGGUGUCUCCUCCUCCACCUCAUUCCCCAAGUCAGUCUCCUACUAUAAUUAUCCAUCCACAAGCACUUAUCCAGCCACAUCCUCUUGUGUCUUCAGCUCUUCAGACAGGGCCAAAUUUGCAGCAGGCUGCUGCUGAUCAGGUACAACCCACAGCACAGCUGAAUCUUCCAUCCCAUCUUCCACUUCCAGCAUCCCCUGUUGUCCACAUUGGCCCAGUCCAGCAGUCUGCCUUAGUGUCCCCUGCUCAGCAGAUUGUGUCUCCAACAUCACACCAGCAGUAUUCAACCCUGCAGUCAUCUCCAAUUCCAAUCGCAACCCCUCCACAGAUGUCGACAUCUCCUCCAGCUCAGAUCCCACCACUGCCCUUGCAGUCUAUGCAGUCUUUACAAGUGCAGCCUGAAAUUCUAUCCCAGGGCCAGGUUUUGGUGCAGAAUGCUUUGGUGUCAGAAGAAGAGCUACCUGCUGCAGAAGCUCUGGUCCAGUUGCCAUUUCAGACUCUUCCUCCUCCCCAGACUGUUGCGGUAAAUCUCCAAGUACAGCCGCCAGCACCCGUUGAUCCUCCAGUGGGAAUGCAUUUGAACCAGUGUCAUCUGCACAAAGUUUUUUCUCUUAAGGUUUAUCAAGUAGAAGAUGUGUGCGAGGAGGAAAUGCCAGAGGAGUCAGAUGAAUGUGCCAGAAUGGACAGAACACCACCACCCCCGACUCUGUCUCCAGCAGCUGUGACUGUGGGGCGAGGAGAGGAUUUGACCUCUGAACAGCCUCUGUUAGAGCAAGUGGAGUUGCCCGCUGUGGCCUCAGUCAGUGCCUCAGUGAUUAAGUCUCCAUCUGACCCUGCUCACGGCUCUGUUCCUCCACCGCCACUCUUAAUGCCAGCUGCUGCCACAAGGAGCACUAUCACGGCUAUGGCCAGCGGCACCCCCCACCUGGAAAACAAGCCUCCGCAAGCUAUUGUGAAGCCACAGAUCUUGACCCACGUAAUCGAAGGUUUCGUGAUUCAGGAGGGAUUGGAGCCCUUUCCUGUAAGUCGUUCAUCUUUGCUGAUAGAACAACCUGUGAAAAAGAGGCCUCUUUUGGAUAAUCAGGUGGUAAAUUCUGUGUGUGUUCAGCCAGAGCUACAGAAUAAUACAAAGCAUGCAGAUAACUCAUCUGACACAGAGAUGGAAGACAUGAUCGCUGAAGAGACAUUAGAAGAAAUGGAUAGUGAGUUGCUCAAGUGUGAGUUCUGUGGAAAAAUGGGAUAUCCUAAUGAAUUUUUACGGUCAAAACGGUUCUGUACUAUGUCAUGUGCCAAAAGGUACAACGUUAGCUGCUCUAAAAAAUUUGCACUUAGUCGUUGGAAUCGUAAGCCUGAUAAUCAGAGUCUUGGGCAUCGGGGCCGUCGUCCCAGUGGCCCUGAAGGGACAGCAAGAGAACAUAUCCUUAGGCAGCUUCCAAUUACUUAUCCAUCUGCAGAAGAAGACUUGGCUUCUCAUGAAGAUUCUGUGCCCUCUGCUAUGACAACUCGUCUGCGCAGGCAGAGUGAGCGGGAAAGAGAACGUGAGCUUCGAGAUGUGAGAAUUAGGAAAAUGCCUGAGAACAGUGACGUGCUCCCAGGGGCACAGACAGAGCCCUCUAUAUGGACGGUCGAUGAUGUCUGGGCCUUCAUCCAUUCUUUGCCUGGCUGCCAGGAUGUCGCGGAUGAGUUCAGGGCACAGGAGAUUGACGGACAGGCCCUGCUCUUGCUAAAAGAAGACCAUCUUAUGAGUGCAAUGAACAUCAAGCUGGGCCCAGCCCUGAAGAUCUGUGCACGCAUCAACUCUCUGAAGGACUCUUAACAGGAAGCCGAGGCUUUGAUGUAAUAUCAUUUUAUUCCUCUUAGUAGGUAAAGGUAGAGCCUCCUCUGGCUGAGAAUCUUCGACUGACGAUGGAAGGCCAAGCACACUGGGACUGCCGCUUCCAGUGCCCACAUUUCUCUCCAGAUACCAUAACUCAUCGUACACUUUCAGAAUUAGCCAACAUUGGUGAAGUUAAUUUUACCAGUUACAUACAACACUGAAAGACUUGUUACAGAGGCCCAUAUUUUUCAAAGAAAUAUGUUAUACUAGAUAAUUUUUUAAAGGUAAUGUUUAUCAUUAAUAUAAAAGAAUCCUUUUAAAAAUAAUUACUGAUUUACAUUCCCUCUCCUUUGAUUCUGUUUUCUUAUACGUUUUUCUACCCUGUUAGUUUUCCAAAGGUUAUCAUAGAGAUAUAAGGUAAUUUAGGAGCCCAUUGACAGAAUUGAGUGCAAUGAAAUAUCAGUAUGUUUUAAAAACAUAUCUUCCAGACAAAUGCUCUGGCUGUGAAGAAGGAUUGUGUUCUUGCAUAAGCAGUGUUUAUGGAGGUCACAGAGUCUCUUCUAGACUUCACCCAGACAGUUUUCCUCUUGGUUCUAUACAUUCAGAGCUAUAGUUCUCAGUGGGGGUCUCUUUUUGUCCUCCAGGGGGCAUUUGGCAAUAUCUAGACACAUUCUGGUUACCACAGCUUGGGGUUGAGUUUUGGAGAGGGUUGUUCCAGGAGUUGAGGAGGUGGUCGUGGCAGCCAGAGAUGUUGCCGAAUAUCCUUCAGUGCACAGGACUAUUACCAAGAAUGAUAUGUCAUAGAUGCCAGUAGUGCCAAGGUUGAGAAGCCCUGGUGAGCCAAGAGUGCUGCAUGUUGCUCUUUUUCACCUGCAGGGACAUACGAAAAGAUAGGGUAUGAUAAGGAGUACAUGUAUAGUGAGGUACUAUUCAAAUGGCAUUAAUGUUCUGCUGAAGUAUUUUUUUACAGUUUUACUGUAUACCAGAAAGGGGAAGAAAAAUCCAUAAAAUUGUCUAUAAGAUGAGACUGCUUUACAGGACAUGUGACUGUGAUGUGGCACUGGCCCAUGGUCACCUUUCCUGACUGUUGCUCUGCACUGAUGGUGUAAGAUGCAUCAUGCCUGUGAGUCUCUUCCAGCAAGGAGAGUUGGCAGUGGAGCUGUGACCCCUUCCCAUGUGCUCUCGAAGCAACCCUGCUCAGUCUGUCUAGAGUGCACAUUUCUUUCUCCCUUACUAAGUCCUUGGAGUCUUCCCACAAAACAUUAAAGGGAUUUCUCUUAAUCAGAAGUUUCCACUCAGCAGUUUUCUGGAGUUAGGACAUUAAGACAGAAUUUCCUGUAAAUGCUCUGAAAGCCUUAAAGUGCUGGGCAUCAGAAGAGCUGAUGACUUGGUCUGCUUUCUGUACCUUUACUACAUCCUUGAGAAAUCGAAGCGGAUAACGAAGACUUGGCCACAGAUGUAAGAGACAGCAAGAGUCCGAGCUGCUUCAUUUUCACGGCUCUUUUCAGAAAUUGUGUUGAGCUAGUAGAAGACUAAAAGGUGUUACAAAGGUUAUCACAGAUAUUUAUCUUUUGGCUUUAUGUACAUUAGAAAAUGUUGGUUAUUUUUAUACAAAAAUAUAGUGGCUAAUUUUUUUAAUCUUUUAGAUGCCUCUUGUUUGAAUGUAUGCUUUGUGGGAUUGUCAGUGUAGUAGUUUAAGAGGUGUUCACUGGUAGUCCUUUGUAGACUCAGAAUGUGUAAGUAGUGUGAGGCUCAUGUUUCAAGCCUACAGUAGUAUAGUCUGUUACAUAUUUCUUUGUAUCACAUUUUCUUACUAAUGUUUCAAGAAAGGUAGAUACUCUAUAGUCCAUCUCAUUUAUUAGUAAUGAGUCAUCAUGGAAGUUGUCAUAGACUUUCCCCUCAUUCUCCUAAACAAGGCUAAGCAGCACUAAGAGAUUGCCUACUAUAUGAAGGAGGCACAGAGGCAAAUUUCCUCUGGAAUUAAAACUGUAUUGUAGUAAUCCACAGUUAAAACAGAAUUGAUUGUCCAGUAUAGACCUCCAGCAAUAAUGCUUCCCUCCUACAAAUACUUAUAUAUAGUCUACCUUUCUACUAGAAUCAGCUCAUUGUGUGUUUAUGAGAAACCCCUGGGCCGAGCACUCUCUUCAAGCAUCCCUAAGCAGCUUACAAGAGGAGUUUCUGUUGGAGAUGCCUUCUUGUCCUUGACUGUGUCCAGAUCUUCUGUUGUCCACGCAACUUAAAUUCAACUAGAAAAUACACUUUUUUCCUCCGAGUGGGUUGUUUGAUUUAGAAAUGGCUUACUUGCUGUCAUUUGGUAGUUCUCCCAUUGCUGCAGGAAUAGUUCUAGAUAGUUUAAUCAUCUAGUUUGAAAGUUUCAAUUACAUGUAUUGGGGGACACACACCCUGUGUUCCCCAUCUCCUGAGCAUUAGGCCGUUCGGUAUGACAUAGAUAGAAAGAAUGCCAUUUUCACUUCCUUUUGUAUUACUAAGUGCUUUAAGAACUUUCUUGGAAGAAAAAAAAAAUGACAACCAGAAAGGGAACAUGGGUUCUUCCUGUUUUUGCUACCUGAGUUUGCAUUUCCUUACUUUAAACCCCCUUUCCACUAUGGGACAUGCUUUUCACAUUUUAUUUAAGUUCUGUGUUCUUAGGAAAAUAAACAGCUGGCUUGUAAAAGUUAUUUUCUCUGACAAUACUUACAAGCUUUGUGUAGACAUGGGUAAAAGCACAGCUACACAGCUUCAUUAUAAAUCAGCACAGCCUAGGAAUGUUGUCUCCAUACUUGAGAGCUUUGGUGGCCUGCAGCUGCGAUGGUUACAUUCACUUGCGUUGUCUUGGAGUUCCUUCUGUGAAGUCCGGGUUAAAGCUGUCCCCUGGGAGGAGAGGUGCUGAAGAGAGGAGAGAAAUGACAGUGAAUGAGCUAGAGAGUGGCUGAGAGGCCAAUGGACCCCACUGGUGCUCACUCCAUUAUUGCAACGCUGAACACAUUUCUGCACUUUUAACGUUAAAAUUCAUGCUUUACCUAAAUAAAUAGAAGUGGUUUUCUGUGUUUUAGGAAUCCCGCUGCUUUCCUCUUUUUGUUUUUUGUAUUAGAAAACUAGUAUGUGAGACCAUGCCUUUGAGUAAUUUUUAGUCAACCUUCAUAUAUUAAGUGCGAAAUUGUAGUCACUUAUCUGUUUACAAAUACAAAUCUUGGAUUGAAGUCUUUCAAGGGACACAGUUUCUCACAAGUUUGUUUAGUUGUGUGCCUCAGAACUCAGAGCCAUGUUUUAAGGGGUUCAGUGCUAUCCUGGACCAGAGUAGUAGGGAGGAAAUAGAGUCAUGUAAUUUGAGGCUUUGAUUUCAUGUGUAUAUGUGAUUCUAGAAAGAAUAAACUAUUACUGAUGCAUGUGAAUGAAGCUGAUCUUACAGCUAUGUCCAGUGUAUGAAAUCUGACUGGUAAUACUGUUGAAGCAUUUCAAACAUGUUUUCAACCUGAAAGGCUGGCUAUAUGUUGCAGUUUGAAGACUUUCAUCCUUUGUGAAUGCCAGCAACACUUGCUGCCAACUGGUAUUGUUGGUGGCACGAAUGGCCUCACCAAAUUCCUUCACUAAGUCCCCUCUACCCCCAACCCUGCUCCAAACACACCACACAGGUCUGGCUUUCUUCCUAGUUCUUGGCUUGGAGUUGGGUAGUAUCCUGGCUUGGAAAUCUUCAGGAUUUUGUACAGGACUAGACCUUUAUAACUUCCCAGGUUGUAUUUCCAUGAAGGCUUUGUUCAUCUGUGCAAAUAAUUUCCUAGGUAUGUUUCUUGUGCACCAUCUGUCUGUGUGACUAGUUGUACCCUGAAGGGUUUUGUUUUUAAUGUGGGGGGAGGGCAGAUAAGAAGAUGACACUGCCAACUAAAUGAGACAUUUAGCAUAAUGAUGGUCAUUAGCAGUUUGGAAUGACCCAUGGUAAUGGAUGGUUGGACUCCCAUUAUAGCAGUAUAAAGGUCUUAGGAUGUCUUGUCUUGUUUGCUGGACUAGGAUUGAAGUCAGGGCUUCACACUCCACCUCUGAGCUUACAGACUGUGUUUUUGGCUUGUUUGCCUAGACUUACCUAGAAUUGUGAUCCUCUGGCCUUUUCUUAAGUGCUGGAAUGAAGGUCUGUGCCACUGUGCCAAAGUUAGCUCCAGUGUCAAGAUUUGCUUGUAGUCAAAUGAGUUCUUUUUCUUAUCACCUGACCCUGCUCUGAGGCUCUGAUGUUAAUAGUCCCACUGGUACCCAAGUGAGCGAGCCUGGAUUUCUUAAGAGAACUAGUAAGAGGAGAGAGUAUCUGUGAAAACUUAGGAGUUUGUUGUGAUUGAGGGGGCGAUUAUCGGAGUUUCCCCAUCAGAUGCCACAGCUGUUUUAGUUUUGCAGCGGUCAUGAGGAAAGGCACUGUAAGGUGGUCUGCUGUGUCUGUCUGAGGUUCGGUGAUUGGCUUUUUCUCCUGACAGGGUCCCCCAAGCCUGCCUGUGUUCUUGGUGUAAAGCAGAAAGACUCAUGACAUGAACUGUUUAACUCACAAUUAUCAAUAUAAAUAAAUGUUUUCUUAUUAAUACUUAAUUUUAACCUAUUGAACCAUACAUCUUCAGAAAUUCUCUGGGAAGAUAUUUCUCAUGUGUUAGAAGAUUAUAAAAAUGCAUUACCCUAUAGUUUAUAGUUGAAGUAAAAGCUGUUCCUUCAAUUUAAAAUGUUGAAAAUGACAUUAGCUUUUUUAAAAAAGUUACCUAAAAUGUUAAGACCUUACAAGUUGUGCACAAGUUCAAUCUACUUUAAAAUCACACUAAGAGAAACCUUUUUUUUUUCUUUUUUUUUUUUUUGGUUUUUCGAGACAGGGUUUCUCUGUGUAGCUUUGCGUCUUUCCUGGAACUCACUUGGUAGUCCAGGCUGGCCUCGAACUCACAGAGAUCCGCCUGCCUCUGCCUCCCGAGUGCUGGGAUUAAAGGCGUGCGCCACCACCGCCCGGCUCCUUUUUUUUUUUUUUUUCUUUUUGAAAGUUACAAGGUACCAGUUAAAAUACACUUAUUACCAUGUUCCAAAGAAGAACAUUAGGAGGCCUGACCUCUUUUGUGAUGUGCUCCCAGCUUCCCUAAGACAGACUCUCAUGUGCACACACACUUGCUGGCAAGUGCCAUAGUUAUGGGAAAUUAUUUCCACAGGGGUUUUAUUUUUUUUCCUUUUGAUAGCUUGUGGACAUUUUAUUUAAAAAUACAAUUUUAAUAAAAUGUUAGGUACAAAUGAGCUUCUAACACCUUAUAUUUUAGGCAGAGUUCUUUCUGUUGCUUUUCAAGUGUAUACCUGCUGCUAUUCGUGAUACUGCUGGUAUUGGGUAUAGAAAGAAAAUUUUUAAAGAGGUAUAUAAUGAAUGAAUUUUAAUUUUGAAAACAAAUCAGUAUAAAUUUAAAACAUCAUUACACUAGCAUGGCAUAAUUUUAAUGAACUAAAAGAGGGAUGUAGUUAUGUCCUUUUAUACUGUCUAAAUCAAUGCCAGUCAUCAUCUUAGAUACUUAGAGUGCCUACUGCUUAUGGGCUUAGUGGGAUUUGUCAGGGUUAACCUGUGCUUUGUGGACCUUUCUCUGACAGUGGUGAGAGGGGUAGAUUCCAUCAUCACUGAAACAGGCCUGAGCUGCUGUAGAAGGGAGGGGCAUUUUAAGUCUUGCCUCACGUGAACUAAAUAUGUACAGUGUUUAAAGUCCUUGUACAUAGUGCCUGUGUUUAAUGUUUUGGUAGCACUAAGUGUGCAAAAUUACUAUUUUCCUUCAGUAGUGAGUAACAUAAAUACACUUGCCGCAUUACCAUACCGAGUGGAGAUGAAGCGUGGUGGCUUUGAGACUCGGUAGACGGCACCUUAGCUGUAUGUGACACCUUGAGCAAUUACUUGGUUUUGAAUUUCAUCCGAGUAUACAGUGUGAUGCCUGCACUACUAAAUAUGUUGAAUUUUGGCUUAAGUCAUUAUUGAAGAAACGCCUUUCCCCAGCUCUAAAAAACAGUCCUGAGCUACAUAAUUGGUUAUUUACCCCUGCCCUGACUGAAUGACAGGUGAAUACUAUUACUCAUGCACUUAUUCAUCCAUUUGUAAACUAUUUAACACUUGGGUUAUAUUAAAUAAAAAAAAACAAAUCAAGUCUUCCCAAACAACCUCACUGCUGCUGAAGCACAUAUGUACUUACUCCCAGUUAAUGCCCUGUUGCCUGGGAACUAGGGUUUAAUAAUACCUGAAGGGUCCAAAUCACAUCACCGCUCUCAUACCACCUUUCACAUACCGUUGACAACAUAAGAGUGCUCACCGUGACCAACUGUGAGAGUUGUGACAGGCAGCCUCAGGACCAGUCACCAAGAUUUAUAUCCAGUAUUGACAGUGUAGCAGUUUUCCAAAACAGAAACAUCUGAAAGAAGACCAGGAGAACAGGCUGCUGCUGCUGCUGUUUCUAGUAUUGAUUGUAUUGUGUGCCAGUCAGAAGAGGGUGCGUUAUGGCCUCAUGAAAUGCAGAGCUGGUAACAAAGCAGACCCUGCUGUGCCAGCAAGGAUUUGAGUAGUCAAGAUGGAGUGAGAAUCAGCUGCAAUUGGGUCAAUUCCCUCUUCCCUCUGGGACUCUGUGAAUCAGGUGGUAGUUUUUGCUUCAAAUAUUAACAUCAGUUGAUACUAACAUUCUUUAUAAAGGUAUAAAAAUAUAUUUUAAAAACUUUUAUGUAUCAUAGCUGUAGCUUUUUAAGUGGGAAAAUGUCCAAAUAAAGUGUUAGAUUAUAUAUAUAUAUAUGAUAGAUGCUUUCAAACAGAUUUUUUUAAAGUAUACUAAUCUAAAUAGCCCAAUAAUCCGGCCUUUGUAAAUUGUUCUAUGAUGCUGGUUACUUUUAAAGUGUUUUAAGUUCUUUAGCGUAUACCUAAGUUGUAAAGUAGCCCGUGCUGUUGAUCUCUGUUGCAUUAAUGCUGUUUUUGUAGCUGUAUUCUUGGAACUUCAGAAUUCAGCCGAGAAUAUAAAGAUUAUAAUUUUGUGUGUGUGAUUUCUCACAUUGAUGGACUGCUGAUCACCUCACUCAAAAGAUGGGUCGUCUUGGUUUUCUUUUUCCAAACUGCAGAAAUUCUUGGAAAGUGCAGGAUUGUGCUGGAAAUGAAGGUUGAAUGUUGCAGACGGCUGUGCACAGGGGUAGUUGCUGACAGUAGGCAAAGGUAGUUGAAGCCUCGUGAUUCAGUGAGGAUGUUUUGUCUCUUUACUGCUUAAAAUUUGUUUCACAGGGCAAGUUUCUGUGAUUAACUAUUUUUUAAUGUUUUAAGCACAUAAAAAAAGACAACUUCCUUUUGGUUCUCCCAUUGUUCUAAAAUCUAAGUUUCAUAAUUAAAAAAAAUCUCAAAAGAUUCAUCAAGGAAAAAAGCACCACCAAGGGGGCAAGAGAAUGUGUUUUAAUCUUAGAGAAAGCAAAUAUUAAGGUUAUAGAAAUGUGUCUUACAUGAAUGUUGUAUUAGAGUCCUCACAGGAAAUGACAUAGUUCGAGCACCUUAGCAUAGACUUCCUCGACUGGUGUUCCUAGCUACAGUUUUACAGUGUAUAACCUGAAAAUGAAGUGAAUUUUGCAUUAUAAGAGCACACCAUUAUCUAUGUAAAAAGUGUUCAUUUGAUGUAUUUUUUUAAGAAAAGAGAAAGCACUUUCAUAUUAAGUCGCAUGUGUAUGAACUUUAGACUUCCUGUUUGUGUGUCUAUUCGGUGACUAAAAUGGAGCAUCAGAUGUUUGCUGGCAAUGUUAACUGCUAAUGGAAGCACCUUAUACUCUGCUGCUUAAACUUGCUUGGAUUGCACCUUUGUUCCCUGCACUUCCACAUAGAGUAUUGUGACAUGGCUUUGAGUGGGUCUGGGUGGAAGAUUAGUAGUGGGCCUACAGGAUCUUUUAUUUAUGUUGUUUAUAUUACGAUAAUAUAUUGUAGACCAGUUGUAACUUCAGUUCUUUACAAAUAAAAACCUGACUGGUUA